GGAAUCAAAUACCACGACAUCUCUCUCACACACACACACGUACAUAAACAGGCACGCGCACGCGCGCGCACAGAGCCGCUGUCUGCAGGGUGGAGACUGGAGCUGGUGUCUGAUCUGAAGCUGCGGGAGGAGGAGGAGAUGCACGGAGGCCGCGCGCACUGACGGCGGCCAGGAGGAUGCAAAGGGGUUUCCCCGGAGAGUAAAGAUGAGUGUGACAUCAUGGUUCCUGGUGAGCAGCUCGGGUACCCGGCACCGGCUGCCACGGGAGAUGAUUUUUGUGGGCCGAGAGGACUGUGAGCUCAUGCUGCAGUCUCGCAGUGUGGAUAAACAGCAUGCGGUCAUUAACUACAACCCUGCCACAGACGAGCAUCUGGUCAAAGAUCUGGGCAGUCUCAACGGGACAUUUGUCAAUGACCUGAGAAUUCCUGACCAGACCUACAUCACCCUGAAGCUGUCUGACAUUGUUCGCUUUGGAUAUGAUUCUCAUGUGUACGUCCUUGAGAGGAGUGAACACAAAGUCCCAGAAGAAGCACUCAAGCAUGAGAAGUACACCAGUCAGCUGCAGAUGGGUUUAAAGUCCUCGGAGGAUAAGAGGCCAGAGCUGCAGGAUGAGAAAUCUAAACUCGACAAAUCAGAACGCAAAAGCCUCACAGACGCCCCAGUGCCUCGUCCCACACCUCUGUAUGGCCAGCCGUCUUGGUGGGGAGAAGAUGACUCUGGAAAAGAUCCACAGAUGGAAGGACCCAAGACAGAUGACUGCCGCUCAGACCUCCAGAAAGAGGGGCCUGUUGCUGAAACCGAGGUUAACGGCUCUCUUCAGGAGUUCCGCGAUAGCCAGGGCAAGUCCGUGUUUCUGUAUAACAGAGAGCCCAGCUAUUUCGAGAUUCCCACCAAAGAGGUCCAGACGCAUCCCAAGUCCCUGACCGUGGAGCUUAAUGACAUACCAACCAAAGACACUGACAGCCCCCCCACUUCUACACCACCGGUGGUCCAGAGUCACGCCUCCUUCACCAUCGAGUUUGAUGAAUGCACACCGGGGAAGAUCACAAUCAAGGAUCACGUGACCAAGUUCUCCUCUCGUCAGCGAGGUAAACAGCAGCAGGGCGGUAAACCUCUGGGUGCGGCACCUACGGAGGUUUUAUCGGCUGAGAGCAAAGUGGCAGACUGGCUGGUGCAGAGUGAUGUCAGCAUGAUGCGCAGGCGGCCACCGUGUGACGACGUCUAUAGCACCAAGAGUGACCUCGCUAUGCAAAUAAAGACGCUCAAAGGUCACCAUCAUGAGGAUGGUACUCAAAGUGAUUCAGAGGAUCCUGUAAUGAAAGGAAAGCGGAGCAAGUCGCAACACUCUAUUCAGUCACAGCAGUCAGUCCAGUCUCAGCAGUCUGUCCAGUCACACCAGUCUGUCCAGUCAAUCCAGUCACACCAGUCUGUCCAGUCACACCAAUCAGUUGUGACCAAAAUUUCUGGGCCGCCUAGUUCAAUGCCGCACCAGCCGUCCGUUUACUCCCAGGAGGCCUACCACCCUCAGGCCUUCUCCCCGCCUAAACAAGCUCAGGACCUUCCCAUUGGUCCUGAGGGAACUGACGAAAGGCCUGUACAGGAAAAGCCCCCUCCCACUCAAAGCCAGGAAAAGUCUGGACACCCUGAGAACCUCAUCCAGCAGGCCUUUAUCAUCGAGUUCUUCGACGACAAUCCCAGAAAGAAGCGUUCGCAGUCUUUUACCCACAAUCCAGCACACGCUGAUACCUAUUCUGCCCUCAAGGCCAAGCUGGAGCGCCGUAAGGGUGGAGUUCAUGGCGAAAGGCCCGCCUCUAUUCAUGGACAUAUUCCUCCCACCCAGCAAAUUACAGUCCCUCUAAAAGGCUCCAGUAACAGUGGUCCCCAAAGGUCCAGCUCUCUGAAGAGGGAGAAAACUGAGGAGGCGAUGAGCAAGAGCAGCUCAUCCCCUUCCUCCUCCGGCCCGUCCUCUCGCUCCUCUCCGGCUAUUACCAUCAAGCCUUUCGGCAGCAUUGGCAAGAAGUCCAAACUGGCUCAAGAGUUUGCUUCUGAGUUUCUUAUGGACUCAGAACGGACAUCCCCGCCACCCAUGUCUGCACCGCCAGUGAUGAUGUCCCCAUCUCACACUCAUCUGCCCUCCCCAGCCGAACCUCACGGGCCCUCCUCUGUGUCCUACCCGUCCUCUCCGUCCCAACUACCUAUAAUGCCCCAGCCACUUCUACCUGUCUCUGCAUCCGUUCCUGUGACCGUCCCUAUCCCCAUCCCAUCCCACCCUCCUGCUCUGGGUUCAGUCUCUAGUGCCUCCCCUGGGCGCUCGGCAGUGCCUCAAUUUUCUCCACUGGGAGUCACAGGGGUAGAUCCUAAGGCAUCCAGGGCAGUUCGCACAGAGGAGGAGGAUAGCUUGAGUGAUGCUGGUACCUACACUAUUGAGACCGAGUCUCAGGAUAAAGAGGUGGAGGAGGCUCGGAGCAUGAUUGAUCAGGUAUUUGGGGUGCUGGAUGCCCCUGAAUACAGUGGUCAAACCGUUGGGGUUUACAGGCCUGUGAUUAAUGAGCAAGCAAUCUAUAGUCAUUCACCGGGUGGACCUGUUGACCUCAUGCCACCAUCAGCACAAGAACUUGGCCCGUGCCUCAGUGGUGAUCCUGCUGACAUGAUGCAGGGAAGUGCUGAGCUGGGGGGACCUAAAUGGGUGUCUCGGUGGGCAAGCCUGGCAGACACGUAUACCGAACCUGGAACACAGGCACCUCCCGGCACUUCACCACAAGGCGGAAUUGUUACCAGAGAUGGCAGAGUUGUAAUGAUGAGUCAAAGUUUGGAUCAUUCAGAAUCAGAGUGCAGUCAUAGCUCCAGGACCAGAAGACUUCUUCCCCAGGUCCCACUUACUGGAGAAAAGCAGGACAGCUCCACACCAAGCAUCUUAAUACGGCACGAACCAAACCUGGAUCAUGAACCUCCAGAACGAGGCUCCAGAGCACCACAGCAGCAGGACUCUAGCCAGAGAUUGCGUGUCCAAGACGAUGUUGAUCACGACAGCCUGAGUGACACCAGCCGCUCGGAUGACAGCUCUAUCCUUGACAGGAGCGCAAGGAAUCAAAGCCGACGUGGAACUGCUGCAACCUCACCUCUUGAAAAUGCACCUCAUUCUAGGAGUCAGGAUACCUCUGCAGCCACACCUAAAUCUACUUCUUUCUAUAUUGGUUCGGAGGACGGCUCCUGCAAGUCAGAUACUUCCCGAAGUCCUGUUCUGUCCCAGACUGAGAGAGAUCUUUCUCCCAAGAUGCCUCCAACCACUGUCUUAAUACGACACCUGAGUAGCCAUGAGCCCAGGAGGCCAGUCAAGCCCAACUCCUCAGCACCCAACCUCCAGACCCAAGACAGGGAUGCAGUUCCCACCAAAGAGCUCCAGUCGUCCUCUUUCGUCCGUCAAGAGAGCUUCACCAAAGAUCGGCCUAGUGACAACAUCCAAGUCAAGAGGCUUCCACACAUCUCUAGUCACCCCACCUUAAGGAACUUGGGCACAGAAGGAAGUGACAGAGAUUCUUCUGCUUUACCCAAAGAAAAGAGGUCUUUGGUGUCUCCAGAGGGAAAGCAAUCAGCGCCCACUCAGCGGUCUAAAAAGGUGAGCCCGCCUGGAAAAGCAGACGAGUCUCUGUCUGGUGAAUCAGACGUAGACACUGCUAGUACUGUGAGCUUGGUCAGCAGUAAAAAUGUCCCCAUCAGCGUGCCCAAGAAACGGACAACCGCAAGCACAGCCCGUAAGGACAAAUCCUCCAGUGCCUCCACCCAGGAGAAAAACAGACAGCCAACUGCACGUGAGCGACUUUCAGAGAAACGUCGCAGCCACCCCACUGCAGAAAAUGCCGGAAAAGCUGAGUCAGCCCGCCGCCUUCAGUUACGACGCAGUGCCGGUAACCGUGGUUCAUUAGAUCUCUCUGAGAACCAGCAGAGCCACGGCCAGCAGCAGUGGACUGACGCUGCAUCGUCCGACCACGAAUCGGCCUCACGGCCGGCCAGCCGCAAGAAGCUGACUGCACCCCUGCAAAAAGAAGAUUCCAGCAAGUCAAACAAAGCAAAUAACCAAGUGUUGACUCGAUCCAACAGUCUUUCAGCCCCCAGACCCACCCGAGCCUCUAUGCUGCGCCGAGCUCGCCUAGGAGAGACUUCAGACAACGAAGGUGCAGAAACUGACCGUGGCUCACAGAGUUCAGAGCAAACAAAGAUCCCCGGCGAUGCAAAGAAGCUGUCAAGGCUUGAUAUUCUGGCCAUGCCCCGCAAGCGGACAGGAUCCUUCACUGCUCCCAGUGAUAAUGAAUCAACUACUGGUAAACCUGGCGUACCCAGCCGUCCUGCUGAAACAAACAAUACUGGGCGAAGGUUGUCUUCAGGAGAACCAAAACAGGCCACUGGGAAAGGCACACAUCCCUCUACCCGCACACGCACCACCCAGCCUAAGCACAGUACUACAACCAGUUCUCGCCGCAGACAGAAAGGUUCAGACUAUUCUUCUACCUCAGAGGAGGAGUUUGAAACCAGUUCCAACUCUAAACACAGACGCUCUCAUGCGUCAGCCUCCACACAGACCCAGACACCACAGAAAACCGCCCAGCCUCGUCCGAAGCCCGUCUCUCUGGAGGUGGAGGAGGAUGAGUCUCAGAACGAGCACUUUCAAAACUGGUCUACUCACAGUGCCGAGAUUGCCAGGUUGAGUCAAGAUCUAGCCAAGGAUCUGGCCAUCCUUGCUCGUGAAAUACAUGAUGUAGCUGGAGAUGGAGACUCUCAGACAUCUUCAGGCAUGGGAACCACCACCUCUCCUGGCUCCAUGCCCAACACUCCGGCUUCUACCAUCUCUGCCAGAGAGGAGAACUCAUAUUCAUCAUUACAUGGGGUCCUUACCUCACAGCUUGUGCAGCACAUACCCGAGGCCAGUCUGAACUACCAGAAAGUUCCCCCAGGAUCAACCAGUCCAGUGGACCAGGACUCAAAUAUGAAUGACCAGGAUGGCUUCAAACGGCGUCCCUGGAACCGGGAAGAGGUCAUUCUGGACAAUUUGAUGCUGAACCCAGUGUCUCAGCUCUCCCAGGCUAUCCGAGAGAACACAGAACAGCUGGCCGAGAAAAUGAAGGCAUUGUUUCAUAAUAAGACGGAGGUGUGGGAGGAGAUUGAAGCAAAGAUCAACGCUGAGAAUGAAGUUCCCAUCCUUAAAACCUCCAACAAAGAAAUCUCCUCAAUCCUGCAGGAGUUACGGAGAGUCCAGAGGCAGCUAGAAGUGAUCAACACAAUUGUAGAACCGGGUGGAACCCUGAAGCUGCCCUCAGAGCCCGCAGCACCGGCAGCAAAGAGCAAGCCAUCCUCCAGGGAGUUCUCCAGCUCUGCUGGCGCUAAUGCUAAUGCUAGUGCUAAAAAAGGGAGCAGAGGGAAGGAAACAGAGCGCUACGGUGUGUGAGUGCUCUACCUGUGCUGCACCCCCUUAUUGAAGACUGCCCCCUGCAGGGCACUAGUACAACCAUCGUGAUUCUGUUCAUACUGUAUCAUUACUGGUGGAAAUACUGUUACGCUUUCUAGAGUUCUGCUGCUGCUACGCUGCACACACUAAUGUAAAGUUAGGCAAAAAAAAGCUGUUUUAAAUGUGUGUUAGGCUCCAAUUCCACAGCGCCCCAUGGAGGACCUGAAGAGCGAUCGCUGUAGGAUCGAGAGAACCGUGUCCAGAAAGCUGAAAAAGGCGCAUCCAUGACCUGCCUCAGAGACUGGCUUAUUCUUCAUCUCUGCUGUGAUUGUCAGUAAUCGUAAUUUAUGCUAAAGAUGUUUUUGAUUGUUGUGGACGGUGAAUGAUAAUGAGUUAGAAUGUUGUUGUUAUUAUGAUUAUUUAUUAAUUUAUUUUUUACAGCAGUGCUUCUGAGAAUAUCACCUGAUCUCCUUGCUGAUUAGUCAGAGCUAGGCCUGCCACAAUAAUUACUGUGAAAUUAAUGUGAAAGCGCCAGUAUAUGGGCCUGUUUAAGAGAAACUGGGUUGUUUUAUUUACCGUAUUUUUCGGACUAUAAGGCGCACCGUAUUAUAAGACGCACUAUCAAAGAACGCCUAUUUUCUGCUAUUUUUCCAUACAUAGGGCACAUCGCAUUA